CUCCUCCCCGGCCCGCCCCACCUGCGGCGGCCAGUCCAGCGCCCGCCGCCCGCCACCCCGGACCCCGGUGUCUGGCUUCCCCCGAGCCGGGACCCCGCGAUGGCCAAGCGCAGCUCGCUGUACAUCCGCAUCGUGGAGGGGAAGAACCUGCCAGCCAAGGACAUCACCGGCAGCAGUGACCCCUACUGCAUCGUGAAGGUGGACAAUGAGCCCAUCAUCAGGACAGCCACAGUGUGGAAGACCCUGUGCCCCUUCUGGGGUGAGGAGUACCAAGUGCACCUGCCGCCCACCUUCCACGCUGUGGCUUUCUACGUCAUGGAUGAGGAUGCCCUCAGCCGGGACGACGUUAUCGGAAAGGUCUGCCUUACAAGGGACACCAUAGCCUCUCACCCUAAGGGUUUCAGCGGGUGGGCCCACCUGACGGAGGUCGACCCCGAUGAGGAGGUGCAGGGCGAGAUCCACCUGCGGCUGGAAGUGCGGCCAGGGGCCCGGGCCUGCCGGCUACGCUGCUCUGUGCUGGAGGCCAGGGAUCUGGCCCCAAAGGACCGCAAUGGCGCAUCUGACCCCUUCGUCCGAGUGCGCUACAAGGGCCGGACACAGGAGACCUCGAUCGUGAAGAAGUCAUGCUACCCACGCUGGAAUGAGACGUUUGAAUUUGAGCUGCAGGAGGGGGCCAUGGAGGCGCUGUGCUUGGAGGCCUGGGACUGGGACCUUGUCAGCCGAAACGACUUCCUGGGCAAAGUGGUGAUCGAUGUCCAGAGACUGCGGGUGGCGCAGCAGGAGGAGGGCUGGUUCCGGCUGCAGCCCGACCAGUCCAAGAGCCGGCGGCAUGAUGAGGGCAACCUGGGCUCCUUGCAGCUGGAGGUGCGGCUGCGGGACGAGACGGUGCUGCCCUCCAGCUACUACCAGCCACUGGUGCACCUGCUGUGCCACGAGGUCAAGCUGAGCAUGCAGGGCCCAGGGCAGCUGAUCCCACUCAUCGAGGAGACAACCAGCACCGAGUGUCGCCAGGACGUGGCCACGAACCUGCUCAAGCUCUUCCUGGGGCAGGGGCUGGCCAAGGACUUCCUGGACCUGCUCUUCCAGCUGGAGCUGAGUCGCACCAGUGAGACCAACACCCUGUUCCGGAGCAACUCUCUGGCCUCAAAGUCCAUGGAGUCUUUUCUGAAGGUGGCCGGGAUGCAGUACCUGCACGGCGUCCUGGGCCCCAUCAUCAACAAGGUGUUUGAGGAGAAGAAGUACGUGGAGCUGGACCCCAGCAAAGUGGAAGUUAAGGAUGUAGGGUGCUCCGGGCUGCACCGCCCGCAGACCGAGGCCGAGGUGCUGGAGCAGAGCGCGCAGACGCUGCGCGCCCACCUGGGGGCCCUGCUGAGCGCGCUCAGCCGCUCGGUUCGCGCGUGCCCCGCCGUGGUGCGCGCCACCUUCCGCCAGCUCUUCCGGCGCGUGCGCGAGCGCUUCCCCGGCGCCCAGCACGAGAAUGUACCGUUCAUCGCCGUCACCAGCUUCCUGUGCCUGCGCUUCUUCUCUCCCGCCAUCAUGUCGCCCAAGCUCUUCCACCUGCGGGAGCGCCACGCGGACGCCCGCACCAGCCGCACCCUGCUCCUGUUGGCCAAGGCAGUCCAGAACGUGGGCAACAUGGACACGCCGGCUUCCAGGGCCAAGGAGGCUUGGAUGGAGCCGCUGCAGCCCACCGUGCGCCAGGGCGUGGCGCAGCUGAAGGACUUCAUCACCAAGCUCGUGGACAUCGAGGAGAAGGACGAGCUGGACCUGCAGCGGACGCUGAGUUUGCAGGCGCCACCUGUGAAGGAGGGGCCACUCUUCAUCCACAGGACCAAGGGCAAGGGCCCCCUCGUGUCCUCCUCCUUCAAGAAGCUCUACUUCUCCCUCACUACCGAGGCCCUCAGCUUCGCAAAGACGCCCAGCUCCAAGAAAAGCGCCCUCAUCAAGUUAGCCAACAUCCGGGCAGCGGAAAAGGUUGAGGAAAAGAGCUUUGGCAGCUCGCACGUCAUGCAGGUCAUCUACACGGACGACGCCGGCAGGCCCCAGACUGCCUACCUGCAGUGCAAGUGUGUGAAUGAGCUUAACCAGUGGCUGUCUGCGCUGCGGAAGGUGAGCAUCAACAACACCGGACUGCUGGGCUCCUACCACCCUGGCGUCUUCCGUGGGGACAAGUGGAGCUGCUGCCACCAAAAAGAGAAGACAGGUCAGGGCUGCGAUAAGACCCGGUCACGGGUGACCCUGCAGGAGUGGAAUGACCCUCUUGACCAUGACCUUGAGGCCCAGCUCAUCUACCAGCACCUGCUGGGCGUGGAGGCCAUGCUGUGGGAGAGGCACCGGGAGCUGAGCGGGGGCGCAGAGGCAGGCACGGUGCCCACGAGCCCUGGCAAAGUCCCCGAGGACUCAUUGGCCCGGCUGCUCCGGGUGCUGCAGGACCUCCGCGAGGCCCAUAGCUCCAGCCCGGCCGGCUCCCCACCCUCAGAGCCCAACUGCCUCCUGGAGCUGCAGACGUGAGACCCGCCCUACGCUCCCCUUGCUGAGUCCCCUGCCAAGCGCUCGGAGUCCCCCCAGGACACUCUGCACCCCCUCACCCCGGUCCUCCUCAUUAGGGUGCAGGGCCUAGGUCUCUUCCAGGUGGGGGAGGGGGGAGAGUCAGGAAUAAGGGGAUCCCCAGAAGUGCAGAGCUGAGCAGGCUUGGGCCUGUCAUGGCUGGCCUGAAGUGUCCCCAGCUCCCUACAGCCGCUGUAGCCAUCACUGCCUCUCCAGGGACCCUCCUCUCCUGCCCAGGACAGACCCAGCCAGAACCACUGCUAGGAUGGGCCACACCCAGGGGUCUGGCCUCCAGGGACCUAGAGAAUGGGAGGGAGAACGGGGCCCCAGGAGACCCGGCCGCCACCCCACCCGCUACCCUUGGGUGCCACAGGGCUGUGCUGUUGCCAACAGUAAACCUGCUGUUACUGUCCA